GUGCAUGCACUCAGUAGAGUCUCUAUAGCUCACGGUAAACCAGAUUAUUGGUACUUUACGUAGGCAUGAUGUAAGCUUGUUAGACAGUUUCGGUUUAAGGAACAUGGUUAAUAGAGAGAUACUCUACGAUUUAGUUGUCGUGCUGUGCUGUAUUUAGAUUCUAUACUGUACCUCUUCUGAUCAAUCUGACUGUGAUUCUUCAAAUGGCUUUGUACUGCAAAGCUUAUUUUUUAAAUUCUUGUUUAUUGUGGAAUACGGCGGCUGGUAGGAAGAGAGUGGAUGCACUGUGGUAAUAUUUAAAUCAUAUCUAACUUGCACCUGGUGCAGUGUGCAUGUACCGGUAAACAGCAUCAGUUCCUCAGGUUACUGUAUUUUGCAUGUUUAACAUCUAUAUCUGUUUUGAACACAAAUAUUUUUUCAUGCUCCUUCUAAAUUAGGCUAAAAUUUUUUUUUUCUGAAUGAAAUCACGAAGAGGCAAAUUCAGUGUCACAAGCAUAGAUAUAGGAAAUGUACGUGCCGCUUUGGGCUACAUUUCACAAGUCCAAGUAAAUUCCGUGUCCACGAGUAGGGUAGCAUUUGGAUCAUUUACACCUGAAAGCCAGAGAACAAGGAAUUACUUGUUAGAGGAGAAAGUUCUAAGUAUAUGUGUGUUUUACUUUAUGAGGGGCUUUUGCGAGACUUUUAGCAUGCUGGAGAAGUUGUGAUGCUUGUUGAAUAGAUUUCCUGCCCAGUUGCUAUUACUGGCUAUUUUGCAGUGGAGGGAUUUAUAACUUCUUGUGCUUACUGAUUUGUUGUGACUGUUUGCUGCCCAUCUUCAUCAGCAAGAUAAGAAAAAAAUGUACACAAUCUCACUCUUUGAGCCUGUUUUUUCCACAAGUGCACUUGCCAUUCAAGCCACUGUGUGUGUCUCAACCCUCCGAGUCAAAUUAGCAUGUGCAACUUGUUUCACCUAUAAGCAGUAUACAACAUCAAGGCUGUAUGUUUAAAGCGUAAAAGAACUCCUCUGAGUUCAAACUUGGGAGUAAAAAUGAUAUAAAAUUUUACUUAGUAAGGAGUAAGUGUUAAUCCUAGAAGUAAAUCUUAAACAUGAAGUACGAUAGUGGCAUUGCCAUAAAUCCAUCAACCACAUCCUAUUUCUGUAGUAUUAUCUUACAGAAGUGAAAAGUAGGCCAUACUCUAAGCACAGUCACUCCAGUGUUGAGAUACACCUUAUGUUUGUGAAAUAAUAAUAAUAAUAAUAAUAAUAAUUGCAAAUGAGAGCAUACUAGUCAUGUUUCACGUUUCAGGCAAAUAUAUUUUCAUUUGAUAAGAUACAAUCUCAUAUUUAAUGCAACUUACUCCAUAUUUACUAAGGGAUGUGUUUGAGAUUUGGAACCCCAAAUACCCAAAUACAGUCUUUAUAGCUGAGUUGGAAGAAGAAAGGAGAACAUAAAGAGUUCAGCUAGGGUCAACCUGACUAGUCAGGGUAAAAAUAGUGAUGGUAGAGGUGAUUAAUGCUUUGUAUCCAGUCAUUUUUCAUACUGCAGAUGAAUGCUAGAAAAUAUUUUAAGCAUUUAAAAAAAUUGACAAAAAGCCUUGUGAAAAAAUUAACAAGAAGCUCUGGGCAGAGGAGGACAGCUGGGACCCACUGUAAGAGCUAAAGUGAUUAAUAUAGUAUAUUUUGUGGAUAGCAUGAGAGUAAAUGCUGAAUAAUCUAAAAGCAGAAGCAUUUUAUUACUGGAAUGUGGAAUUUUUCAGAUUUACACAUAUUGGGCCAUAUUCAGUGAGUUGGCGACUUAAGCCCAAAUGUUGUGUCAGUACUUACAUGGGGAAAGUUACCUGUAUUCAGAAUCUGGUUAUGCAUGUGCCUAAGUCAAGCCCAAUUCAGAUUUUGCAAAAUCACCUGUGUGUAGUUCAUGCCUCUGAGGGUCUGAAGUGGGGUUUCCAGUAGCAUCAAGACCAUCGCCUUUAAACACAAGUAUUUGCCUUUACACCUGCUAAAACUUAAGGAUAGAAAAUGCGGACUGAAGACAAUUCAAGCAAAGGACAGUUUAAAAAGGGAAAAUAAUAAAAAUACUAAUACAAUGAUAUAUGAUUGAGAAGCAAGCAUGGAAAUAUUCCACUUCUAUUAUCAAAUACAGUAUAUGAAAGAGCACUUGAUUCAGCAUAUUCUAUUAUUUGGCAUUUUAUUUAUUUAUUUUUUUUUUUACAAUUAACAGUACACACAACUUUAUGAAACCAAGAGAUACUAAAUCAGGAACUAUUUUUAGCACACUUUUAAUUCACCAUUUUGAUUGGUUGAAAUAAUAAAAUAAUGCUAAUAUUUUCGAUAAUUCAUGGGCCUAUGCAAUAAAGAAAACGUGCCGACAGUUUGAAGGAUAAGCUGACCAAGCCCUUAUCUGCUCCAUUUAUGGCUUAUAAAUUUAUACAUAAAAAAUUAAUACUUGAGAUAAGCAGCGUCUCCAACUAAGAUGUUACCUCCUCCGAUAUUCUCCAUGCAAAAACAUUAACCAGCCAAACAAACAAACAAAAAACUUGGGGCUUUUAAUGGAUGAUACUAUUAAUUAUGUCUAUUAAUUAAUUUAUGCAUUGACAUUGACCUUGAAAGGCAUUCCAUAAUUUUUUUGAGUGUGUUUAUAGCCCAAAACAAAUUUUAGCGUGACAUGUUGUGGUUACAUCAAACUGUCAGACAGUGGCUCAGGACUUAAUUCUGCUCGUCACUCAAGCUGAUAUUGUGCAAGAAAAAUGUGCUUAAAUGUGUUCAAUGGUGGAAUCAUGCAUAUCUGAGACACCGAGACUCUGUUUAAGGCAAACUCCAACCUGCAAGCGUAACUCUCAUGCAAAUCUCUGAAUAGAGCUGAAGUCUGUAGUUAUUUCUGAGAUCUGUAUGCCAGUGUGUGCAAUUUCAAUAUUAAAUCCUCAUUACAUCCACAACUCGACUAUGAGUAUGGCCCAUUACAUUGUGCCGUUUUGGCUGUGCCUCCUCACGCCAGAAUCAUGUUGUUGCUUAGAGUGUUGCUAGAGGUAUUUGAUUAAUGACCAAAUCUACGAUUUAUAAAAAAGUAUAACAUUUUUAUGACAUUUGAUGAUCAAUCAAAUGCAAUACAGCUUCAUGAGCAUAAAGUUUCUGCCUUUUCUGAUGCAGUGCUGCCACUUUUUGCUGCUUUGAGAUACCUCUUAAAUACUCACGCAUUUAAGAAUACUCUUAUAGCUAAAGAUUUGUUUGUACAUUGCUCCCAUUAUUAAACCUAAGAAUAGUAUUUUUACCACUUAAGCCCAAAGGUUUAGUGGUUUUAUAAAUACCAGCCCUGAAUUUUAAUAACAACAUGGUGCUAUUAGCAGUAGGGAAAAUUGCACCAGCUUGACUGUCUACCUUCAACCAGAGAACUCAAAUUACUAAACCUAAAACUGAAACUAUAAUAUUUAUUCAUUCAUUCAUUCAUCUUCAGUAAGCACUUGAUUCUGUUCAGAAUCAUGGUGGAUCUGGAGUGUGUCCCAGGAACACUGGACGUGAGGAAGGAACACACCUUAAAUGGGACGCCAGUCCAUCGCAGCGCAUCACAGACAUGUGAUCACAUGCUUGUUCACACCAAGUGAUAAUUUAGAGUAGCCCAUCAAUGUACCAGCAUGAUUAGCCCCACAUCAAGGCUUGUGUCUCUGUAGUAUAGUAUUGACAGAUGAGCACUCACAGUCAGUGAUUCAGUAAUAGCAGAGCACCAGCACACAUCACGUGAUUGGAGGGAAAUCUGAUAGUAGGCCUCUGUUGCUAGCACAGUAUAGAUGGGAUGGCAGCUGCAUGAGGUUACAUAUGAUGUGAGCAGAUGGAGCUAAUGCAGGCAAAAGAAGGAGGGCCAGUGAAAGAGAGAGAGAGAGGCAGUGAAAAGCAGCAGGUGCAGAGGCUCUUGGCCUGGGCCAGGCAGACGGAGCAAGGCCAGUUGCUUGAACUGGCUGAGGCUGAAUCCAGGGGAAGGGGAAGGAAAGCCAAAGGCACACAGACUAUUGUACGGGGCAGCAAGCCACCCAAAGAUGCUUCCAUCAAUGGACUACUCGAAGAGUUUGACAACAUUUCUGUGACACGCUCCAACUCUCUGCGCAAAGAGAGUCCACCAGGAGCCCACCAGGCCAGUUCAGUCAAGCAGCUGUCCAUAGCCUCGGCUAACGCCAGCAGCAGUGGCCCUGAGGAGAACGGCUUCAGCCACUACUUUGCCCGAUACUCCUGCGAUCUGGACAGCAGCAGGGACUUUCCACUGGAACGGGACAAAGGUGCAUACGAUGGAGAGUGGGCAGUGGGGCGCCACUACCGCUUCUCCUUCAAACAGAACGGCCACUCCAUUCGCAGCCCUUUCUACCCAGAUGCCAUGCCUCAGAAGUCCUCAGACUAUGCCAAGAUGCCGCCAGACUACCACGCCUACUUAGAGAGCAAGGUGCGCCUGUCCACGGAUGAGAUGUCCGCAGGUAGCAGUAGGAACUAUUACAGGGCAUCUCUGGGAGGAUCCAGUCAGGAUUACCGCGAGCAGCCAUUAGGGACGCCAUCACGGGCCUCCCUACACAGUGAGCAGAUCAGCUACCCGGAUGGUGACUGGGGCGGAGGAAUCUAUACUGCAGCGCUGAGGGAUGAGUACGAAAAGAGGCCGAAGUCAUCAUACAUAUGUCAGACAAGCCCCCAGCCAGCCAUUCGGCAGCGCUCCAGAUCAGGCUCUGGCUUACAGGAGCCCAGUCUGCCCUACGGCAUCAGUGCCUUCAAGGCUGCACCGCACGGGCCCUACAGCUCCUAUACUUACCCUCGUCUUUCUGAAAACACCUCUGUCUCCCAGAUCAUUGGCAAGGCUGACUAUGACAGGAUGUCACGGGAUGGGAGCCCACGGGUGCCAGGAGCUGAGACGUACCCGCGUGGCCCCUUCAAACUACCUCAGAGCCAUGCCAAGAUGGGCUACCCACCGAGCUUUCAGUACCCACCUCCUUUCCACUACAAGCCGUCACCAUAUCACCACCCUCCAUCUCAGCCUAGUCCUCCAUACACUCCUCAGGGGGCGCACUCCCAGCCCUCCUCACCCUACAUCCACCCUGGAUACUGGGGCUCAGCCUGCGAGCCUCCACCACCCUCACGUGUCUCUCAUGAGCAGUUCCGUGCUGCUCUGCAGCUUGUAGUGAACCCAGGCGACCCACGUGAAUACCUGGACAACUUCCUAAAGAUUGGCGAGGGCUCCACAGGCAUUGUGUGCAUCGCCACGGAGAAGCACAGCGGCAAGCAGGUGGCGGUCAAAAAGAUGGACCUGAGAAAACAGCAGCGACGCGAGCUGCUCUUUAAUGAGGUGGUGAUUAUGAGGGACUACCACCAUGAAAACGUGGUGGACAUGUAUAACAGCUACCUGGUUGGAGACGAGCUCUGGGUGGUGAUGGAGUUCCUGGAAGGCGGGGCUUUAACGGAUAUUGUCACGCACACAAGGAUGAAUGAGGAGCAGAUUGCCACAGUGUGUCUGUCGGUGUUGAAAGCCCUCUCAUAUCUCCACACGCAGGGUGUCAUCCACAGAGACAUAAAGAGUGACUCCAUCCUCCUCACUAGUGAUGGCAGGAUAAAGCUGUCUGACUUUGGCUUUUGUGCUCAAGUCUCAAAAGAUGUGCCUAAGCGAAAGUCCUUGGUUGGCACACCAUACUGGAUGGCACCCGAGGUCAUCUCCAGGCUGCCAUAUGGCACUGAGGUUGAUAUUUGGUCUCUAGGGAUCAUGGUGAUUGAGAUGGUGGAUGGGGAGCCACCCUACUUCAAUGAGCCUCCACUGCAGGCCAUGAGGAGAAUCCGAGACAACCUUCCGCCUCGGCUGAAAGAAUCGCACAAGGUAUCAUCUGUGCUCAGAGCCUUUUUGGACCUGAUGCUGGUGAGGGAACCUUCACAGCGGGCCACGGCACAGGAGCUCCUGCAGCACCCAUUCCUCAAGCUCUCAGGCCCUCCCUCGUGCAUCGUUCCUCUGAUGAGGCACUAUCGCCAUCGCUGACCAACACAUACAGUACACUACUACUUACCCAGUCAUAUGUAACCUGUGGAAAAACCACACUGACACAUGUAACCGUACGUAGUUUAGAUAACACGAACAAGAAAGCUAUCUAUUAAUACAAAAUAAAUAAAUGAACACCACACUAAAGUGAAUAUCAUGGCCAUUAGUAGUGCCACUGGCUUCAGUGGUGGGUGUCUGGAUCUUUAUUAGACAGCUAGUGACCAGUCUGUGGGAGUGAUGUGUGUGCUGUGUGUCCUGACGCCCUGUUGAGAGUUGUACUGUAGUAGCUGCAGUCUUGAGUUCAGGCAGUGGGAAGCAGCAGUCAACCUGAGAAGCUGAGCGACUGAUGAGCGACAGGCGAUCAACGGCCUCUGGCCCUGAAUGCAAAAGCACUAAUGAUGGUUUUUUUCAGGAGAUAAGAGGGGCUAUAAGCCAGAUUUGAAUGUCUGUAGAGGACAUAGGGCUGUUACACUAUUGAGGGACGAGCAUCUCCUUUUUCACGUCUCUUCACACUAACAAUGAAAGUGUAUUUUAGAGGACUUGUAAGAUUUCUCUGUACAGUUUUGAUAAUCUUCAGUAUUUUGUGGUGAUGUAACCAUUGUGAUAUGGGCAGUAUUGAAUAGAAUUAAAGAGUUUCUGCAAAAGAUCUUUCCUACUGUUUAUAAUCCAUUUUUGACUAAGAACUGUAGAUAUCCUCACUAAACACACCCUUAGCUGUCAAAGAAACCUGAAUAUAUUUAUUUACCCUACAUUUAUAGACAGAACUUCCAGUGAGUGUGGAGAGAGGUAUUGCCAGAAUUUUGUAUGCUGUUUUAAAGUAUUAUUUAUUUUUGAACUGAAGCUUUAUUUUUCAGUAGUGUGGCCUUUUUUUGCGUUUUGUUCUCAUUUUGAAUACAUAUAGAGAGCGAUGUUGGCUAUAUCAUGCAAGCAGGCUGUAUCAGACAAGCAAUAAUCACCACAUUUACUUCUGCAUUGAUCAUGCAACUCUUUUUCACUCGAGAAACAACACAUUAUUAACAUCUUUCUUUUUUAAAGCACUGACACAGUGCUACUACCUUUAAGAAUUUAUGCUCAUCCAAGAAGCAGUCACUUAAAAUCUUAGCAAUACUUACGUGCUUGAGACAUUUUCAUUUCAGUACUGAUCUUUCCUGUAAGUGGCACACGGUGUCUGUGACUCAGCCUGCAAUCCUGUUUCUAUUCCCAUUACUCACUGUGAUCUGUAAAUAUGAACAGUGUGUCUGCUUCUGGCAAAACCUGAUGAAUGGUCAGACUUGAAUGAGUAUAUCUAACUGUUGUGUCGCUUUGUACAGUGAUCUUGCAUGUGUGUCAUCAGUAAAGCUGGUUUCAAUAAAAAAAGGAAAACAGAAAUAUCUGCA